AUGGUCCCGACGGAAAUCAUGGACGAGUGGGAACGAGUCGGAAAGUGUCGAACGGUGGCUACGCUUGCCAGGAUUGCUGCAAAGGUGAACACUCAAAGUGCCAUGAACAAGAUAUUUGUACUGCCCCAUUAUGAAAAAUACGACUGCGAGGAAAGCCUCGACGACCAGGGAACGCUCGACGGCGAGGCAACGCUCGACGGUGAAGAAACAGUACAAUUCACUCCGCAAUGGUUUGAAGAAGUGGCAGCACGGUGCAUUCCGAACUGGAGUUACUGUUCUAGCUUCGCGCGAUUUGUAGCCGACUUCAAAAUGGCUUUGUGCUCCAACCACAGGCAAGUUAAGGAAGCCGAACUAGUGAUAGUGAACAGGCGUCAACUUGAGACCAGGAUUAUCCACCGACUCUGUGAGUUUUCACGGUGCCGCGAGGCACCCGUCAAGUCGGACAACCUUUCGUCUGGUCUUCGACGGUGGGCUCGGGCAAGAAAGUUGGCCGGUGUCGAGGCUGGGGCCUCGUCGGUCCUCGAACGUCUCUGUAACAUGAAAUACGCAGACGCUGUACCAGAUAUCCGUUACGGUUCCGAAGUUGCUUAUGCCUUUCGACUUUGGUCCGGCGCGGCGUCGCAUAUUCCGUGCUACUCUACCCGUCUGUACGGGCCGGUUAGAACGCACCCGCUGACUCCUAAUCAAUGGAAGAACACGUUAAGUAAGGACCGCCGAGUGUGGGCGGCAGAAGCUAGCGACUACAUGUCGUGCUACACGUUGGUCAAAUCGUUCUUUAGCCACAGCGCCAACAAUAGUCUCCCCCAGGAGAAAGAAGUGGACGAGAUUGUGGAUGAACUUGUGAAGAACGAGACUUCUUCAGGGUCAUUCAGUGCACUGGUAUUGACUAGAGCAGUCAUCGACUAUUUGUUGCAAGAAUGGACGCCACCCUCAACCACUCCAGCUACUCCGACUUACUGUGCGACCACUGCACAGUCUUCAUCUGGAUUGUCUUCAGCUGCGCUGUGCUCAACUGCAGGACCUGUUCGUGGGACUUUGAACAAACGGUGCGCUAAGGGGCAAUUGAAGCGACAUAUACUGUCGCUAGAGAGACAGGCGAGGUCCCUGACACUGAUGUCAGGUAAUGUGCCGGAGGAGAUCAGCGAGUUGGGGGUUCCGUUUGCCAUUUCAUCAACAGAGUCUCCGCCUCUUCCGUUGGGUGCAUUGAUGUGGGCCUAUGACGUUUUGAAGUACGACUUGCUUCAUCUCUUGCCUACGGUGUACCUGAGAAGACUCCAAAACUACCCUACGGUGGUGGAGCUUGCCACGUAUGCGACAGAAAAGGUGUUCAAAGGACCGAAGAAAUCCUGUCGACUGGUCUGCUACCCACAACCGCUGUAUGGCGGCUGUAAGAAGGAAGAAGACGACGGCUGUAAGGAAGUGAAAAUCGAAGACUUUCGCUCCUUGGUACCAGCCGAAAUUGACCGACGGGUCAAGAAGGGGAAAAAUACUGAACGCCGAGAACUUCGUUUACCAACACCAGAACAACUACCUUAUGCUGGUAUACAUUGGUGGGCGAACAGCAUUCUUACCAAUUGCUGGAAUGGAGCCAACCCUCUAGGGUCACCUAACGAUAUGAUUUCCCAGCCAUUAUUUUUCGCUUUGGUUUAUUCACAUGUUUGUGAGUGCCUUAGAAACGAUUUUUACAACCCAUCGGAUUAA